GUGCUCCAGUUUUCCAAUAUCCCCCACCACCCAGUCCCUCCUGCUCCGUUCACAGUCCCAAUUACACGGGCGGUGAUGUCUUCUUUCCACGCAGUCGCAGCACACCACGUACACCCCGCACAAGUGUCAGCUUUGCUGCCGGUGAUGAGGUGAAUUUUUUCCAUCAAUCCGCACCGACUUGCUCCAGUUCAGCCCAAACAUCACAGGCACCCCAGUCAGCGCCACCAGUCAGUAGUCAUCAGUAUCUGCCACCGCAUCAACAGCAUUAUCCUCAUUAUCCACAUUUUGCCUAUCAUCACAACGGUCCGGGCUAUUAUCAAUAUACACCUCCGCCCACACCCACCACUGCCAAUGCCACGACAUCAACAGCGGCGGCAGGUUUGUCGGUGAGCUCAGGACCCAAUGGUGCCCACAGAAGUCUACAUCGAAGCCUAUCAGAUACAGCCAGACGAUCACGUUUGACCUCGACGGGUGAAGAUGAACGUGAAUAUCAGAGUGAACAUGAAACGAGUUGGGAUGAGUUCGAUGAUCGUUAUGACAACUUUACAGCCGGGCGAGAGCGCCUGCAGGAGUUCAAUGGCAGAAUACCGCCACGUAAGAAAAAGGAUGUGCCAAAACCGAAACCGGAAAAGAAGGAACAAAGCUUUACAUGGCCCGCUGUUGUAACUGUCUUUGUGUUUGCCAUGGGUUGUGGUUUUCUUGUGGCCCGAUGAGUUUUGGCUUAUGAAUAGAAAAAAGGCCAAGCUAAAUAAAAGUGGGAACAAUUCAUUAUACAAAAACACAACAACAACAACAAAACUGCACAGCAACAACAACAACGAAUUUAUUUUUCUUAGCAAAAAAAUAAACAAAACAAAAUACAAAAGUUAAAACAACUCGUCUAGUUCAUUGUUUGUGAGUCAAAAUACCAUAUGGUGAAGGAGAAGCAGGAGGAGAAUGAAGAGGAGUAACAUCCGUGGAAGCAGGCGGAAAACAGAAGCUGACGGUGGGUGCAACGAAGCACAAAUGGAGGUAGUUUAUAGUCCUCUGGAACUCAGAGGACACACUAAACCCACACAUAUAUACAAACACACACAAACAUAAACUCCCCCAAAGGGCAGGGAAAGGGGGUUUGUCCUUUUUUUGUCCCAAAACAGAAACAAGGCAAAACAUUCUCAAAGAAAAGUCACAUUAAACAACCAUAAAAAAACAAAACAAUUUAGACUGGCAGCAAACAAAACAAGACAAUUUAAAAAAUAACAACAAAACAAAAAAAAUAUUU